UCAAGCAGUAAAAUGGCAGGAGCCAGAAUUUUUCAGGUUGAGUUCAUGUGUCCAUUGUGUCCGGAUCUCCUGAAGGAUCCAGUGACCAUUCCCUGUGGACACAGUUACUGUGAGAGCUGUAUUACAGACUGCUGGGAUCAGGAGGAUCAGAUGAGAGUCUACAGCUGCCCUCAGUGCAGACAGACCUUCAGUUCAAGACCUGCUUUAGCUACAAACACCAUGCUGACUGAAGUGGUUGAGAAACUGAAAAAGAGGAAACGUCCUGCUGACUGUGAUGCUGGAGCUGGAGAUAAGAAGUGUGACGUCUGUACUGGAAAAAAAUACAAAGCUGUCAAGUCCUGUCUGAUGUGUCUGAACUCUUACUGUCAGAAUCACCUUGAAGAACAUGAGAGUUGGUUUAAAGGAAAGAGACACAAUUUGACUGAUGCCACUGGACGACUGCAGGAGAUGAUCUGCCAGAAACAUGAGAAGCUCCUUGAGGUUUUCUGUCGCACUGACCAGAAAUGUAUAUGUCUGCUGUGCAUGGACGAACAUAAAAACCACAACAUUGUAUCAGCUGCAGAACAGAGGACAGAGAAACAGCACCAACUGAAGGAUACGCAGAAGACGUUCCAGCAGAGAAUCCAGCAGAGAGAGAAAUAUCUUCAGCAGCUGAGAGAGGUUGUGGAGUCUCAUAAUCGCUCUGCACAGACAGCAGUGGAGGACAGUGAGAGGAUCUUUUCUGAGCUCAUCCGUUCCAUUAUGAGAAGCCACUCUGAGCUGAUACGGCUGAUCAGAGAUCAGGAAAAGAUUGCAGUGAGUCGAGCUGAAGGACGACUGGAGCGACUGGAGCAGGAGAUCAAUGAUCUGAGGAGGAGAGACACUGAGCUGGAGCAGCUUUCACACACACAGGAUCACAUCCAGUUCCUGCAGAGUUUCCAGUCUCUUUCAGCACCUCCUGAAUCUACAGAUGGAAAUGACGAUCCCUUCAUUUCUGUAUUCUCUUCUGAUGGUCUGAGAGAAUCUGUCCAUCAGCUGAGAGACAAACUGGAGGAUUUAUGCAAAGAGGAGCUCAAGAAGAUCUCAGACAGAGGUAAAGUCCUGGAUGCACUUAAUAAUGCAAGGAAAGAGAAACUGAAGUAUUCCCAUCAGCUCACUCUGGAUCUGAACACAGCACAUAGAUACCUCCGUCUGUCUGAGAACAAUAGAGUGAUUGCUGUCUCUUCCAGAGAUCAGUCAUAUCCAGAUCAUCCAGAUAGAUUUGAUGUGUAUCAUCAGGUGUUGUGUAGAGAGAGUGUGUGUGGACGCUGUUACUGGGAGCUGGAGUGGAGUGGAAAUAAUGGUGUGCAUAUAUCAGUGUCAUAUAAGAGCAUCAGCAGGAAGGGAUCAGGUGUUGAGUGUAGGUUUGGAUAUAAUGAUCAGUCCUGGAGUUUGCACUGCUCUCCCUCCAGUUACACAUUCAGACACAAUAACAUAGAGACUGUUCUCCCUGUGACACCCAUCAGCAGCAGAAUAGGAGUGUUUGUGGAUCACAGUGCAGGAACUCUGUCCUUCUACAGCGUCUCUGACACAAUGAGCCUCAUCCACACAGUCCAGACCACAUUCACUCAGCCGCUCUAUUCUGGGUUUAAUGUUCAUAAAGGAUCAUCAGUGAAACUCAUCUGUGUUGAUGAAUCAGAAUAGACUGAUGAGAUAUUCUAUCCAUAAUACUUUGAGCUG